AAAAAAAAAGAUAAUUAUCUCAAAAGCAAUAUCAACGACAAUCACCACAACGAUAACAACAAUAAAGAAAGACACAACAACAACAACAACAGGUAUAGGUUCUAUUGAAAGAAAAGUAAAAGGAACUAAUAAAAUUUUGUUAAUAACUCAGUCAAAAAUGAAAAUGUAGAAGACGCAUGUAGAGACAGUAUAUUAGGGCACAUUAUGAUUAUAUGCGAGACUUUUCCCUUGCUUUGUUCUUUCAUUUAUAUUUUACUGUUCGUCAACUUAAUUGUUUGCCUUUGCUACUUUGUCGAAAAUGGAACUUUUGUUUUUUACAUUCACAUUCUGUUUAAUAUUGUUUUAAAAUAAGAAUUUAUACAAAUUUCUAUAAUUUUAGGGCACAUCAGUACUAAGUGGAUACAAGAUGGAAUUACAGUCGCUGGAGGGCAUGGACAAGGAGAUCAGUUCAAUCAACUCCACUGGCCUGGCAUGAUCUAUUUGGAUGAUGAUAAUGAGACAAUUUAUGUUGUUGAUGAAGGAAAUCAUCGUAUCGUUGAAUGGAAAUCUAAUGUAACCACUGGUCAAGUUGUUGCAGGUGGAAAUGGAAACGGAAACCGAACAGAUCAAUUAUCUAGACCUACAGCUAUGAUUGUUGAUAUAAAUAAUGAUUCCUUUAUCAUUUGUGACAGUGAAAACUUGCGGGUGGUACAAUGGUUUCGUCGAAACGAUAGAAAUCAACAAAUCAUCAUUGCAAAUAUUCAUUGUUAUGGUCUGGCGAUGGAUAAUAAUGGAGAUAUCUAUGUCUCUGAUGUGGAAAAACAUGUAGUAAGCCGAUGGAAACAGGGCGAUAAAAAUGGAAUCAUCGUUGCAGGCGGAAAUAAUCAAUCCAACAAACUCAAUGAACUUUAUCAUCCUACUUCUAUCUUCAUUGAUCAAGAUUAUUCUGUUUAUGUAUGUGAUACGUGGAACCAUCGUGUUGUAAAAUGGUUAAAAAAUGCAAAGGUAGGUAUUGUUGUUGCUGGUGUAGAUGGUCAAGGAGCGAGUGUCAGACAACUGAGUAAUCCCAGCGUAAUGAUUCUCGAUCGUUUUGGUAAUGUCUAUGUAGCUGACUAUAUGAACAACCGUAUAAUGCGUUGGUUGAAAUUGACAGACUAUAUAGAAGGUCGAAUUAUCGUUGGUGGAAAUGGAGUAGGUAGCGGCCCAGAUCAGUUACAAUGGCCCAUUGGUUUAUUAUUCGACCGAAAAGGCAAUUUAUAUGUUAGUGAUCAUGGUGGGCAUCGAGUACAAAAAUUUGACGUCGACUUAAAUUAA